UCUCAUAGGCUAUUAGAAUCGAAUUUCCUGGGAUCACCGAGGUCGCAUGUGUCCUUCAGUCAUGGACUGCAUAAUAUUGCAUUUGGAUGAAAGAAUAGGGUUAUUGUCUUUUAACAAAUGUGUAGCCUACCAUGCCACAAUAGCCAUAGAGUUAUCAUGAACAUUGCAGCUAACAGCUAGAGCAGAAAAUAAAUAAAUACAUAAAUAAAUACUUUUUAGAAAAUAUGAAAAAGUGAAAUUCGUCGCGGGUCUACGAAGAGUUCUAUUUUUAUUCGGUGGGUCCGUUUAAUUCAACAGUAUUCAAUUCAAGCCCAUCCUCAAGAGGUUAAACCGAGUCUUAUGCGCAGACGAACGUUGCCGCUGCGAUGCAGACGCUGCAAUAGUCAGGUGAUUACGUAGGACACAUGACCGGAGUUCAGUCACAUGAGCACUGUUUACUUUAGCUGACUUUCUGCAUUUCGUGAGACGGCAGUACGGCACUCCAUAAAAGAAGGCAUUUGGUCCUCCAACUAGACGGUGAGGAAAAUGAGGCUUGUGAUUUUGGAGGACUACGACCUGGCGAGUGAAUGGGCUGCCAAGUACAUUCGGAACCGAAUCGUCCAAUUCAGGCCGACCGCCGAUAAAUACUUCACUUUGGGAUUACCCACAGGGAGCACUCCUUUUGGCUGUUACAAAAAGCUAAUCGAAUAUCACAAUAAUGGAGACCUUUCAUUCAAGUAUGUCAAAACAUUCAACAUGGAUGAGUACGUGGGGCUUCCUCGGAACCACCCAGAAAGCUACCACUCCUACAUGUGGAAUAACUUCUUCAAGCACAUCGACAUCGACCCCAGAAACGCUCACAUCCUGGACGGGAACGCAGCCGACUUGCAGUCGGAGUGCCAGGACUUUGAGCGCAAAAUCGCAGAGGCUGGUGGGAUAGACCUCUUCGUUGGCGGUAUUGGGCCUGACGGACACAUCGCCUUCAACGAGCCCGGAUCCAGCCUGGUGUCCCGGACGCGGGUGAAGACCCUGGCCAAAGACACCAUCCUCGCCAACGCCCGUUUUUUUGGGAAUGACCUCUUGAAGGUCCCCACCAUGGCUCUGACCGUCGGCGUUGGCACGGUGAUGGACGCCCGGGAGGUGAUGAUUUUAAUAACGGGGGCACACAAGGCCUUUGCCCUGUAUAAAGCCAUAGAGGAGGGAGUAAACCACAUGUGGACAGUAUCAGCCUUUCAGCAACACCCUAGCACCAUAUUCGUGUGUGACGAAGACGCCACUCUGGAGCUGAGGGUCAAAACGGUCAAGUACUUCAAAGCGCCCGGGGGGAGAACAGAAACUGCUGCUUUGGCACGGUAGCAAAAGGGCUGAUGCAUGUACACAACAAACUUGUGGACCCUGUGAGCACCAUGAAGGACUACAAGAACUGAGAGACAGUUUAAUUUAAUCAUCGCGUAACUCUGGCGUAAUGGUCAAAAAAGUUGACGAGGUCAAGGCCUUAAUUCUUCUGUACUGUAAAAUGGCAACCUUAGGAGAGUGCAUUGGGUCACUAUGUAGACAGGGAUGUAGGAUGUGCAUUUCAGUGUGUCCACCGUCCAGUCAGAUUCUUCAUCUAUUAAUAUCAAAUUCUAAAUUGAAAAACUGUCGGUCACCUUAAGGGAUGGCAAAAUUCUCUGGAAAUCAGCUAGACUUUUGUUAGAACGAUCAAGCUCAUCAGUCAGCACUGCGAUGGCCUUGUGUAAGCCGAUAUGGCCACAUGAGCACUUUACUCUUAUAACUACCCCAUACUUUCCCAUGAGAUACCUGAGUGGAUCCACAUCUUCUGCUAACAUGCAUGCAUUGCCUGUUCUUGAUUACUUCAAUCAGGGAACCACUCCAGGUGCCAAUUAAAUAGUGUUUACUCUCUGAAGUGUAUCUGAAGUUGUGGUAUUGGGCAAAUUUCUGCACAUUCCUAACACUAUUCCCUUGCCCAGUCUUUCUCUCCCCCCCCCCCCCCCCCCCAACCUCCCCUUCUUAAAGGGGCAGUUCACCUGAAAUUGAAAUUAAAGUAUGUUUCCACUUACCCGGAGUACUAUCUAUCCAUCCCGAUAGUUUCGCUGAGAUUUGAUCUGUCGUCCUCUUACAGGAUGCACAAAAUAAGCGCUGUAGUGGAUAACUGACAUUAUAUUUGUAAGGAGACUUUGCUGUUGAGUUUUUAAAAAUAUACAAUUUUGGCUCAUUGAGUCACAAAUAUAUGGGUCUGUAGUGUAGAGGUCUGUUGUAUCGAGGUGAACAGCAUGUAUAACUGCAAAUCUCAAAUCUAGCUGGAUGGAUGGACAGUGCAUUGGUUAAGUGGAAACAUACUUACAUUUUUGGUGAACUGCCCCUCCUAUCUGCAGCACUCCCUGUCCAAUAUGCAAUGUUCUGUCAGCGUUGUUACAGCAUUAGUGAGAGGUUCUGACAGUGUUGUGUAUCUGUGGACCUGGGUGUAAUAAACUACGAGUAUUGAAUUUGUAUGGAACUGUUAAGCAUCUCACCAUGAAAUGUUCUUUCUCUGAGCAUGUAAACUAUUAUUAUUUUUUAAACCUUUUCAAAAACCUUUUAUAUGAGAAUUUGAAUGGUAGAUUCCUUUGACUUGUUGCUCUUGGCAAACUAUUGUCCAUCCUUCAAAAUGGAAUCCUCAUAGAAUUUCCUUUUUACAGGCAUUUGUUAGUGUACUAAAAAAUGCAAGAUGUCUCUUGACAUGUUUUGUACUGUAAGAAUGUCUUUCAGUUGCAAUCGUUUAAUAAACAAUGGCUUGCUAA